UUACCUCUCGAACAAGAAAUUUGGCUUCCGGAAAAUUCACACGUGUGAGAAGGAGCACCACGAAUUCGCCAUUGAUCCGGCAGAUAUUUACACACGGACAAAUGGGUAUGUGAAGAAUCAUGAUCUACACUCAUUUUUUCCAUAAUUCAGUUAUUUGACAGGCGUGCUGGCCUUGUCUACCUUUGCGGAGAGCUAUCUAUUUAUAUUUAUCGCGGAAAACUUGAUGAAACUCGAAUAAGUAUAAGAUUUCAUCUAUUUCAUCAUAGAUAAUCUUUAUUUGAAAACAAGUCAUUCCUGAAAUUUACAAGUUGAUCCAGUCCUCAGACGUAGUAAUAACUCUAGACAUUCUCAAAUCCUUCAUUAAAGAAAUGACUGUUCCACAAGAGAGUGUAUAUGAUACCAAAAUGUGUAGGAUCCUGGUAUUAAAGUCUUAUCAGGUCACUAAUCAACGGCACUUGGUGGAGUUGGUGAAAAAGAUGAACAUUUAUUACUGCGAUAUAAUAAUAAAAAGUCCCUCUCAAGCAAUUAUUCUAGAGUUAUUAACGACCAUUAAAAAAUUUAGAUCUUGGGCGCUUGAAUAUAUACUAGAUAAACUAUCUGCAAAAGAAAUCUGAAUAGGUGUAAAGAUUAUGCAACCAUGACACCUUAUUAUUCACCUAAUGAUGAAGAAUCUCACAUUAUACAUUUCUUGCAUUAAUAAUAAACAGAUUAUAAAC